AUGACAUAUAGAGCACUGGCAGUUGUUAUAGACAAUGGUUCGUACACUACCAAAGCGGGUUUUGCUCUGGACAACUUACCAUCACUUGUGUUCAAUUCCAAUUACAUCUAUGACGAAUCAUCACAGAAAGUGAUAGUUGGAGACGAUGAAAUGGACAAAUAUUCGCAAAAUGAGGUGUCGACUUUGUUAGAUAAUGGCUUGAUUUACAAUUUUGACAAUAUUGUGCACAAUUGGCAAUAUGUCUAUGACAAUAUCGAUAAUCACAAUGGUAUAGACUCAAAGGAGUUUCCUCUUGUUAUGACCGAACAAUCGUGGAACACUAUGAAAAAUAAAACAAAAACGUGUCAGAUUGUAUUUGAGCAGUUGGAGGUACCUCUCUUCAGUUUGGUUAAGAACCCCAUUAGUCAAUUGUACAGAUGUGGGAAAUCAACGGGUUUAGUCAUCGAUAUAGGCGCUGCAGUUACCAGUGUCACCCCCAUUUUCGAUGGGAUAAUACAAAACAAGUGUUCUUAUCAUUCGAAAUUUGCCGGCGAUUUCUUAAAUUUGCAUGUCAAGCAUUACUUGGAAGGUAAAGUAACCUCGAUAGAUGAGUUGCUCCCAUCCACUUUUAGAUCUUCACUGACUACUGCUUCUUUCAAACAGUACUACAUGAGUACCCAUGUUUUACAAGAGUUUAAAAAUUUGUCAAUCAAUUACCAUGUGUCAAACUUUCAACUAUAUGACCACAAAUAUAUUGACGUUAGUGACCAACGAAAUUUCCUUGAAAACUUGUUUGAUCCAACUGCAAACAAGCUACCUAAUGUAACAAUUCCCGAGCCAACUAUAGACAAGCCAAGCUCGCACGGUUUGACGAAUCUUGUCUUUUUAGCGAUAAAGAAUCUCGAAGCUUCGUUACUACCAAAUAACGAUAGCAACAAUGUAAACGGGGUGACUGCUUCGUCACAUAAUAGGUUUGCCAGAUUUAUGGAAAUAUUCAAACAAUUGUUAUCGAACGUUUUGAUAACAGGUGGAGUCUCUCUAUGCAACGGGUUGUCCGAUCAUGUUAUUAAUGAUUUAAAAUCAUUAACACAAAAGUAUUUCCCAAACUAUCCAUUUUCUUAUAAUGUGCAACUAAUAAGGCCGUCAAAUAGCCUGGACACAGCCGAAAUCUGGGAUAAGCAGUUUGGCAGUUGGCUAGGCGCUUGUAAUUUGGCUUCAAUGUUAAAUGACAAUGACGAAAACUCUGGUAGUGCAAAAAUCGCAUUAGAUAAUUGGUUUAUUACUAAAGCCGACUAUGAAGAAUUGGGAGAAGACAUAAUUACUGAAAAGUUUAAAUAG